AUGACAGUGCCUCUGAUUGAAUCAUUCCCGCAGAAGAAAUAUGAAGAGAUGGAAGCAAAAGACAACAUGUCCACAGUGAUCCAAUUUGCACUACUGGGGUUUUCUGAUCUUCCAAACCUACAAGCGUCAUUAUUUGGGGUGUUCACCAUCACUUACACCAUUAUUUUAAUUGCAAAUAGCCUCUUAAUAAUAAUAACUUGGAUUGACCCAGCUCUGCAGAAACCCAUGUAUUUUUUCCUGGCAAAUUUUUCCUCCUUGGAAAUCUGUUACAUGUCUGUCACUCUCCCUAGGAUUCUGGUGAACCUUUGGACUCAGGACAGGAGCAUUUCUGUGCUGGCCUGUGCUGCCCAAAUGUGCUUCUUCCUUGUACUGGCAGCUACCGAGUGCUUCCUUCUGGCAGUGAUGGCCUAUUACCGCCCUGUGGCCAUCUGUGACCCUCUGCACUAUCCCCUGGUCAUGACCCCAAAGACGUGCCUCCAGCUGGCUGUGGGCUCCUGGGUCAGUGGAAUCCCAGUGCAGAUAGGGCAAACGUGCCAGGUUUUUUCUUUGCAUUUCUGUCACUCGAACCAGAUUAGCCACUUCUUCUGUGACAUGCCCCCCAUUCUGAAGCUGGCCUGCGGAGACACUUCUGUGCAAGAGCUGGCAGUCUAUGCAGUAGCUCUGUUAUUUGUUGGUGUACCUUUCAUAUUGAUCCUUGCUUCUUACAGCAAAAUCAUCUGCACCAUUCUGAGGCUGCCAACAGCCAGAGGGCGAGCCAAAGCCUUCUCCACGUGUUCUUCUCACCUGUUGGCUGUGCUUUUAUUCUUUGGAUCUGCUACCAUUGCCUACUUAAGGCCCAAAUCCAGACACUCUGCAGGGACUGACAGACUGCUCUCUCUCUUCUACACCAUAGUGACUCCUAUGUUCAAUCCCAUGAUAUACAGCCUUCGGAACAAGGAUGUGAUUGCAGCACUGAGAAAAUUAUUACUGAAAAAAGUAGUGUGA